AUGGCUUCUAAGCUAUCCUGCUCUUCUUUCACAAAAUUUCUCAUUCUUAUUGGACUUUCAGCCUUGUUUUCUCUCUCCUUAGCUGAUGUUGUUCCUCCUCCAAGUCCAACCACCCCGGUCUCAACCUCCACCAUUUGCAAGUCCACCCCUUAUUACUCUUUUUGCAAAUCAGUGCUCCCAAACAACAAUUCCUCCGCCAAUGUCCGCGAUUAUGGCCAGUUUUCCAUCAGAAAAUCCUUAUCAUCUGCUCGUAAAUUUCUCUCAUUAAUCGAAAAAUAUCUUCGCCACUCUUCCAACUUGACAAUCACAGCAAUCCGUGCUCUUGAAGAUUGUCGAUUGCUAGCAGAACUCAACAUGGAUUUUCUUCAAAGUUCUUGCAAAACUGUCAACUCUACCACCACAAACCUCCCCACAUUUGACACUGACAAUGUUCAAACUCUGCUCAGUGCCAUUUUAACUAACACACAAACCUGUUUAGAUGGCGUUCAAGUUACAGCUUCCGCUUGGAGUUUACAGAAUGGUCUCUACGCCCCUCUUUCGAAUGACACAAAGCUGUAUAGUGUUUCUUUGGCCCUGUUUACAAAGGGUUGGGUUCCUAAGAAGAAAAAGCUACCUUCUCACCCUACACAGAAACAGCUAGCCUUCAGAAAUGGCCGAUUGCCAUUGAAAAUGUCUGGCAGGAACCAAGCUAUUUACGAGACUGUUAGUAGAAGAAAGCUUCUUCAAACUAAUGAGGAUCAGAUUUUGGUGAGCGAUAUAGUGAUCGUGAGCCAAAAAGGUUGGGGGAAUUUCACCACCGUCAAUGAUGCUGUGGCUGCAGCUCCUAACAACACCAAUGGCACCAAUGGCUACUUUUUGAUAUAUAUCACUGCUGGUCUUUAUCAAGAAUAUGUUUCCAUUAACAAGAACAAGAAAUAUUUGAUGAUGAUUGGUGAUGGAAUCAAUCGGACAGUGAUCACCGGCGACCAUAAUUUCGUUGAUGGGUGGACAACCUUCAAUUCUUCAACAUUUGCUGUGGUUGGACAAGGUUUUGUUGCCGUGAACAUAACUUUUCGAAACACGGCUGGGGCAAUCAAGCAUCAGGCGGUUGCAGUACGAAACGGGGCUGACUUAUCCACAUUCUACAGUUGCAGCUUUGAAGGGUACCAAGACACACUCUACACCCAUUCUCUCAGGCAAUUCUACAGAGAAUGUGACAUCUACGGCACUGUUGACUUCAUAUUUGGCAAUGCUGCUGCUGUUUUUCAAAACUGUAACAUGUAUCCGAGGCUGCCAUUGAGCAAUCAGUUCAAUGCCAUCACUGCACAAGGUAGAACUGACCCGAAUCAGAACACUGGAACUUCAAUUCAGAACUGUACUAUUACAGCAGCAGAUGAUUUGGCUACAAGCAAUAUCACUAUCCAGACUUAUCUGGGAAGGCCAUGGAAGGAGUAUUCUAGGACUGUUUAUAUGCAAUCUUUCAUGGAUAGUCUUAUCAAUCCAUUGGGUUGGCAUGAAUGGUCUGGAGAUUUCGCGCUAAAUACAUCAUAUUACGCAGAGUUUAACAACACGGGGCCUGGAUCGAACACCUCUGGUAGAGUGACAUGGCCUGCUUUCUACAUUAUUAAUUCCAUGAACGCUACAAAUUUCACUGUAUCUAGCUUUCUACUGGGGGAUGCUUGGUUACCUCAGACUGGAGUGCCAUAUACACCAGGCUUGAUAUGA